GAGUUAUCGGAAAUUCAGCCAACACAUUAAUCCGAAAAUUUUUUCUUCUCUUGUAUUUAUCUUAAUUCUUAAUUAAUUUAAAUCAAUUAGAUUUUUCCAAUUAAUUUAUUUUCUUUGUUUAUUCAAGUGCUUUGAUUACUUUGCUACCUUUAGAAAUGAAACCUUUAGCUUUACAGGGACAUGAGAGAGCUAUCACACAAAUCAAAUAUAAUCAUGAUGGUGAUUUAUUGUUUAGUUGUGCCAAAGAUGCUAAUCCAAAUGUUUGGUAUUCUGUUAAUGGUGAAAGACUUGGUACAUUAGAUGGACACGCUGGUGUCGUCUGGACUAUUGAUUGUAAUUGGGAUUCUACUAAAGUUGUCACCGGUUCUGGAGACAAUAGUCUUAAUCUUUGGGAUUUAGAGUAUGGAAAAGUAUUGAGCAAAUUUGCUUCUAAAAAUGGUAUUCGUGUUGUUGGUUUCUCUAAUUCUGGAAAACAGAUUUUCUUCACUACCGAUAAAACUAUGAAUUUACCUUCUCAAUUAAGAAUUCUCGAUAUAAAUGAUCCAGAUCAAUUUAAAGGUAACUCAUAUGUUUUCUCUAUCGCUGAUAUGGGUGUUUCUAAGCCUACAGCAGCUUUGUGGGGACCUUUGGAUGAAAGUAUCAUCACUGGUCACGAAAAUGGUACUAUUAUUAAAUGGGAUCUUAGGACAACUACAUCUUCCUUACAAGAAGUUCCUGAAGUACACCGGGGACAAAUUAAUGACAUGCAAUACAAUAAUGAUCAAACCAUGUUAAUUACCGCUAGUAAGGAUACAACAUCUAAGAUAUUUGAUACAGAAACAUUAGAACAUCUUAAAACUUACAGGACUGAACGUCCAGUUAAUUCUGCAGCAAUUUCUCCAAUUCGUGAUCAUGUUGUUGUUGGUGGUGGUCAAGAAGCAAUGGACGUCACAACAACCGCCGCUCGAGCGGGAAAAUUUGAGGCCAGAUUUUUCCAUUUGAUCUUCGAAGAGGAAUUUGCUCGUGUUAAAGGUCAUUUCGGUCCCAUCAACUCUUUAGCCUUCCAUCCAGACGGUAAAAGUUAUGCCAGUGGAGGAGAAGAUGGUUACGUUCGUGUCCAAAACUUUGACCAGUCCUACUUUGAUUUCCAUAUGGACGUUUAAAAUCAGCAAGAGAAGCGAAAAGAAAAACAAAAACUUACACACAAUUAACACCAAUCAAAACACUUUUGGUCAUGUUUACUAUUUCCAUGAUUGACAAAAAAUAAAUUGUUCUUAAUUUAAAAAAAGAACAACUCAUUUUUAAGUCAUAAUCUUUUGUCCAACAAUAACAAUACCCAUUAAAACCCACCCCCAGACAAAAAAAA